AUGUACAGCGACUUCCACCAGAAGCGGGGCAGCCUUCCCUCCUGCUGGGUUGACCCCUGUGAGUCCGAAAACAAAGGCUUCGUGAAAAGGACUGACUUUGACCUUCCUGCACCAUACGUGGCAGCUGCAACAUACCCGCCGCCUGCAACGUUCGUGCCCCCUUCAGAAGCAGAGGAAGAGGGUAUCAUCUCUGCGUUGCGUUCCUUCGCCUCGAACACCACGGCCCAUGGACCAAAGCUGAUCACUCUCUCGAGAACCACGUCGGUUUGGCUGUCGUGGGGCUUCAUCUUCCUCACCGCCUUCUGUGUCGUCGCCGCUGUCUUCAUGGCUGUUGAGGUCACCAACAUCGCCUUCUUCAGUAACAAGAUUGAGAGCACGAUCCGCGUGGAGAGAGCCCCUUUGGAAGGCAAACCACUACCCACUGUUGUUCUCUGUAAUACUGGAAUAUUUGAUAUCAACGCUGCCAAUGCCCUGGAGCUAAAUCGCGAAAUGCUCUCGUACCUCGUGGCGUCCAUGCUGGGUCCCCUGUUCAUCACCAAAGGCUUCGAGAAGGACACCGCCAGGAGGACCUCGCUGGAAGCAGCUCUUCGUCCAGUCCUAGCUCGACACGGCAACAUGAUCGAACUCAUCACGAAGUUGUCUUACAAGUGCGAGGACCUGAUCAUGCAGUGUUACAACGUCAUGUUAACGCUGCCCGGCCCGCAGUGUUGCCAGAAACUGUUCCAGAGCACUAUCACGCCGAUUGGUGUUUGCUACAGGAGUGAUUUCGAAAGGCAUUUUGCCCAGGUAAUGCCCGGGGAAGGUAUGGGCAUUAACAUCGACCUCCAUGUUCCUGAGCAUACGGAAGCUGGUGGGUAUUAG